AUGGCGUCAUCAGAUGAACAUCUGAUGGUGGCUGCCAUUGAUUUCGGUAACAUAUACUCAGGAUACGCCUUUUCUUUCCGUUGUGAUUAUGAAAAGGAUCCAUUGAAGAUCUCAACCAACAACUUGACAGCAGGAUCAAGAGGUCUAAAGGUCUCGAAGACGUCCACUUGUAUUCUCUUUGAACCCAACGGAGACUUCCACUCUUUUGGAUUUGAGGCUGAAGACAAGUACUCUGAUCUUACUUUAGACGGGGAACAUGAAGGAUGGUAUUACUUCCACCGAUUUAAAAUGAGGCUUUAUGAGAACAAGCACUUAAGCCGCUCGUUUAAGAUAAAAGAUGAUCAGGGUCACUGCAUGCCUGUUAUCAAGGUGUUUACAGCAGUCAUCAAGUACCUCAAGGAUCAUAUGCUGAAGGUAUUGGAAACUCAGCUGGAGUACUUCCAACAGUCAGACAUCCAAUGGGUCCUUACUGUUCCGAAAAUCUCGUCUGAUUCUUCAAAACAACUCAUGCGGGAGGCAGCUGAAGAGGCUGGUAUCAGAAGUGAUCGCGUGAUUAUUGUUCUAGAACCUGAGGCAGCGUCCUUAUACUGCAAGCAUUUGCAGCGAACAGAAAACGAUGACACAUUUAAUACUGGAUCAAAGUAUCUGGUGCUGGACGCUGGUCCGACUAUUGAUAUCACGAUACAUCAGGUUCAAAAGGAUGGAUCAUUGAUGGACAUCAUUGAAGAGGCCAUUGGAGGAAACUGGGGAGGUGACAUGGUUGAUCAUGCUUUCCAACAUUUACUGAUUGAAAUUAUAGGAAUCCAUGCCUUUCACCGUUUGCUUCAAGAAGACAGGUACAGCAUGAUCGAAUUCUUUAGGGAAUUUGAAGCGAAAAUGCACACUAUCACACCCAAUCCUUCGUCCAAAGUAGUUAUCCUCAAUGUACCAGUCACAGUGAAUGACGUGUGCAUAAAUGAGAAUGAUAAAGAUAUAGCCACGAUUGUAAAGUCGAGAUUUUCGUUCAACGGAAACGUGUCCAUUGUUCGCAAUAAGCUUAAAAUCAGCGGAGAGCGAGCAAAAGAAUUUUUCAGUGAGCCCGUGAACCAUAUCGUUACCCAUUUGAAAAAAAUUCUAAAAGAGCCGAAUGCUGGAGAGGUAAAGGCUAUCUUGAUGGUCGGAGGUUUCUCAGGGUCCCUCAUACUUCAAAAUGAAAUAAAAACAAAUUUUCCACACCUGCGAGUAAUUGUGCCUCCUGAUCCGGGGCUAUCGGUUCUUAAAGGUGCUGUUUUACUCGGAUAUGCACCGAGGCCCGUCAAUUCAAGAUUUUGCAGAUAUACUUACGGCUCAGGCCAAGCAUGGACAUUUAAUCCUGAGAAAUACGAUUCUGCUAUGCCUUUCACCACUUCAACUGGAAAAGGGAAAGUUGAUGAUUUAUUUGAUAUCCAUGUUGUUGCUGGAGAGUGCGUGGAUUUCCGAAUGCCACGGAUAGUUAGAUUUUAUCACCCAAGUGAACCUGACCACACUGCCAUUCGAUUCUCUUUGUACUCUUCCAUAGAGAAAAAUCCCAAGUACGUAACAGAUCCCGGAUGUGCCAUGAUCGGCAUUUUUAAAAUAACCAUGCCGGACACUUCUAAGGGACUGGACAGGUCUGUAAUGGUGCAGAUGACCUUCGGUAACACAGAACUCGAGGUUGAUGCUACUGACAAGGACACCAUGAAGAAAGUUACCGACUUUUUAUAG